GGCAGUAGUAGAAGAAGGAGGAGGAGGAGGAGGAAAAAUGGGAAGAUGAGACUGUUUUGUAUCAAAGUCCAGAGUCGAGCUGUUCGUGACACAGUCAGACCGUCUGGACCAACAUGGAGGAACAAAAGAAGAUUCUAUGUGUGGGCCUAGUCUGCCUGGACAUCAUCAACGUGGUCAACAACUACCCUGAAGAAGAUACUGAUAGCAGGUGUUUGUCGCAGCGCUGGCAGCGAGGAGGAAAUGCCUCAAACUCGUGUACAGUGCUGUCGCUGCUCGGAGCUUCCUGCGCCUUCAUGGGUUCAUUGUCUCCUGGUCCUGUGGCCAAUUUUAUUUUGGAGGAUUUUCAGAAGUUCUGCAUCGAUGUGUCUCUGCUAACUGAGCACGCUCAGUGUAACCUGCCCACCUCUGUGGUCAUCAGCAACAUCAGCACAGGAAGCCGCACCAUCCUGCACAUGAACAGUUUCAUCAUGGCUGACUUCUCACAGCGUGAAAUUGAUGUCUCAGCAGUGGUUUGGCAGGUCGAAGGUCAAACUCCAUGUGCAUGUUGUGUGGUUUGUCCAUCGAGUGGAUCUCGAACCGUCGUUCUCUCUGAUACGAACCUUCCUGAUGUCACGGCAGAGGAUUUUGCCAAAGUUGACCUCCGUCAGUUCAAGUGGAUUCAUUGGGAGGGCCGAAAUGCUGAGGAGCAGGUGAAGAUGAUCCAGCAAGUUGAGAUGUUCAACAAGAUGUUGCCACAGCAACAGCGAAUCACUAUCUCCGUGGAGAUAGAGAAGACCCGAGAACCGCUCUAUCAGCUGUUUCCAUAUGGUGAUGUGGUCUUUGUCAGUAAAGACGUUGCUCGUCACUUUGGGUUCCAUUCGGCUGAAGCCGCUCUGAAAGGACUCUACGGUCGAGUCAAACAGGGGGCUGUCCUGGUCUGUGCCUGGGCAGAAAAGGGAGCUGAUGCUUUGGGUCCUGAUGGUUUAAUCGUUCAUUCAGACGCAUUUCCUCCUGAAACUAUACUUGAUACUCUUGGAGCUGGAGACACAUUCAAUGCUGCCGUCAUCUACACGCUGUCCAAGGGUGGAAGUUUAAACGAUGCUGUGAAGUUCGGCUGCAGAGUCGCUGGCAGGAAAUGUGGUUUCCAUGGUUACGAUGGCAUCAGAGACAUGUUGACCGAUGAGGAGCUGAAGAUUUAAAAUCUGAUUUGUUUCAGUGGGUUCAGAGAACUGAGCUUACUGACACUGUUAAACCAAUUACACAAAUUAAUAAACUGAUAAAUCUGAUUAAUUCAUCUACAUUAGAUAGAGAAUUAACUGAUACAUCACUGAUAUUAAUGUGUGAUUUAUUAUUAAAUAAUAGUUAUCUUACAGAUAAUUAACUGUGAACAAGCUGCUAGUAAAAUGUAAGUUUAAAUUAAAUGACUUAUUCUUUGGUUGUUGUUUACCUGAUGAACUUAAAUCUGACCAAUAAACAGCUAAAGUCAAACUUU